UGAUAUUACAUGACAAUUUAAAGAACCAUUGUAAUCUCAAAAAAGUGCGCAUCAUUAUUAUCUAAGUAAGCAACACUCACUAAUAAUGUAAAAAUAGAAACACAACAAAUGAAGAACAUCAAUGAAAAAUAAAAAUAUAUGAAUUGAGUGAUGACGUAAUGACAAGAAAAGUUUGGCUACUGUUAUUAGUGGCAAUAAUAUGUAUAAUACAAACAAUAAAUGGUAACAUCAACAAUAAUAUAACAUCAACACAGAACAGUUUAACAACUAUAAUACCAACAUUAAUUGCUGCCCCACAAUCAUCCACACACAAUUGUGUACCAAAAAUAUUAAACACAAUUCCAAUACCGCCAAAAGCAUUAAGUUACAUAACAAUUGCAACAGAUGCAGCAAGUAUUAUAAGUAAAUUUCCCAAACAUCAUUCAAAUAUAACACGAGAAGCAAUCUUCGUACGUACAAUAUUCAAUCAGCAUACACGUAUAUUUGCAAUUGCAAUAAUAUCACCAGAUCAUCAUAAUUUAUUGGCAUAUCGUAAACGUGAUCGUUUAUUGAUACAUCGUAAUCGUACAAUUGAAACCGAACCAUUUUGGAAAGUUAUCGAUUUUAUUAAACAAAACAAUGGUGGUAAUACAUGGUCGCCACCAUUACGUGAUUGUAUAUUAAAUCGUGGUACAUGGUAUCAAGGUUAUUUAGCAACAGCACAUAAAAAUUUCCAUGUUGCCAUAUUUAUACCGGUGGUAUUGAAUCAAUGCGAUUUAUUAUUGGCGGAUAUAUUUGGUGGUCGACAUAAAUGUGAUGAUUAUUCAACUAAAUGUGUACCAAAAACUGAAUAUGGAUUAAAACGAGGUGGUUACAAAUGUGUUUGUCGAGAACGAUUUUAUUUUCCCGAUGUGAAUAAUACUUGGACGGGAUUUUCCGGUGAGGAUAUUGAAAACGAGCUUGUCAUACCACGAUGUUCAGAAUGUCCAACAAUAUGCGAUCGUUGCGAUCACGAAGGACAAUGUAUGGCACAUCCCGAUCUGGUAUUAAGGAGUGCAGUGCUUGGUGUACAAGUCACAUGUAUGGGUGUAACAAUUAUAAUAGGAAUAGUUGUAUUCAAACAGAGAAAAUGCAAGACAAUUGCAUCCGGAAUGUGGACCAUACUGGAAACAAUCUUGUUGGGAAUAUUCCUACUUUAUUCAACUAUUGUGAUACGUUUCUUCGAACCAUCAGUGGAACGUUGUAUAUUAGAAGCAUGGGCACGUGAACUUGGUUUUAUAAUAUGUUAUGGUGCAAUUGUAUUAAAAUUAUAUCGUCAUUUAAUUGACUUUCGUACAAGAAAAGCUCAUCGUUGGGUUGUGAAGGACACAGAUUUAUUAAAAUAUUUAUUUGUAAUGAUUGCUGCUGUAUUUGCAUAUUUAUCAGCGUAUACAGCCACGACAAUAGAUUUUCUAAAUGAACAUUUUAAUAUAUUAAUUACAAGUUCAAAUACAUAUGGUAUGAACUUUUUAAUGUGUAAACCAUUAUUAUGGGACUAUGUGACACAAUGUGCUGAAUUAUUUAUAUUAAUAUUUGGUAUACAUUUAAGUUAUGCAAGUCGUAAUGCUGCCACUCAGUUUCAGGAACGCCGUUUUCUAUGUGCAGCAGUUAGUGUAGAAUUAGCCCUUAGUGGAAUAUUUUACAUAAUUCGUCCAAUGUAUUUACCAUAUGUACAUCCAGAUCAUGAAUAUUUAGCAUAUUUUAUUCGAUCCCAAUUGACAACAACAAUUGUUUUAGCAUUACUGUUUAUACCAAAAUUAUGGUACCAACAUAAACAAGCUCGUUCAUUAGCUCAAGAAUUCUCAUGUCGACUUCCAGUGGAUGCAUUUAAGCCAGUACAAUCGUGUAACACCCAUGGUCCGUUAAUGUCGAAUAAUAGUGAUGUUGAUGUUGGUGAGAUUACAUUAGCUGACAUGAGUCCAGAUGAUAUACGCGCCGAAUUAAAACGUUUAUACACCCAGUUGGAGAUAUUAAAGAACAAAACACUACGAGCAAAUAAUCCACAUAUAUCAAAACGUCGAGGUGGCCGAAAAGUUGCACAUAGACGUUUCUCAUUACAGAAAAAAGGAAGCCGAGAAAAGGCAUUACAUGGUAAACAUCAUCGAUCCCAUAAACACAAUACAUCUGAAGUUGAAGUUACAGAAGGUGAAAUGUCACGCACUCCCGAAGAUUCAGUAUGCAGUGGCGAAGGUCCUAGUGCAAUUUAUAAUGAUUUAGCGUCAACCUACAGUGAAUUAAUUGGGACACCAAAUGCGGCAGCUCUAAUAAAACCACCUCCAUCAUCGAGUUCACAAUAAAAAAAAUGUAAAUUAUUAUUAACUUAAAAACAAUUUUUAAAUUUAACAGUGUGGGCACUAUAGAAAAAAGGUACCUUUGUUGUUAGCAAUAAAUAAAAUCAUAUAUUAAAACCUAAUUAUUUACCCAUUAAGAGCUAAA